AUGCAGCAGCUGUGGUCAGUUCAGGACGAGAAAGGUCAAAAACUGGACUGGGAUCAGCCACUUCCUUCCACGGUGGGUGAGGCAUGGCUCAACCUGCGCAACCAACUAUCAGCGUUCAACCAAAUCAAGAUCGACCGUUGCGUCAUCGUUCCUGGAGCGGUUUCGGUGGAAAUACACUGCUUCUCAGAUGCCUCGGAGAAGGCCUUUGGUGCUUGUGUCUACCUGAGGAGUAUAGACGCCGUUGGGAAGGUGAUGGUGAGACUUCUUACCUCAAAGUCCCGAGUAGCACCCUUAAAAUGUCAAUCGAUUCCGCGGUUAGAGCUUUGCGGAGCACUGCUUUCCGCUGAACUGUUUGAAAAGGUCCAAUCAUCCUUGAAGCGCAUGAUGAAGACAUUUUUUUGGACUGAUUCGACAUGUGUUCUACGCUGGAUAAACGCUACUCCUACAGCAUGGACGACGUACGUUGCAAACCGGGUGUCGAAGAUCCAGGCCAUCACUGAAAAGGGACUCUGGGGACACGUACCUGGUGUUGAAAACCCUGCAGACCUCAUAUCGAGAGGAAUUUCACCGAAAGACAUCGUAGAUAAUCGUUUCUGGUGGCAAGGGCCAAGUUGGUUGGAAGGUGAUCCUGAAGGAUGGCCAAAACUUCAGCAAGGACUUGGAGAAAAAGGUGAGGAUGAAAGACGUCGUACUGUUGCAGCAACCGUAGCUUCGUCGUAUGCUGAAUUCAACGAAGAAUACCUCAGUAAAUUCGCUACCUAUACUGACAUGAUCCGCCGAACUGCUUAUUGGCUACGAUUGAUGGACUUGCUACGCAAACCUACAAGUGACAGGAAGAAUGGAUCAUUCCUGACUACUGCGGAAUUACGAGAGGCAGAGAACGUUCUGAUUAGCCGAGUACAGAAGGAAGCUUUUAGUAAGGAAUGGAAGGCGAUCGUAAACCAGGCCGUUCUUCCAUCGAACUCUCCGUUACGGUGGUAUAAUCCUACGAUCUCCAAGGAUGGAAUCAUGAAGGUGGGCGGCCGUUUGAGCAAAUCCCAGGAAGCGGAAGACAGCAAACAUCCCAUUCCUUUGCCAGCUCGCCACGCCUCGCCUUCACCCGCAAACUUCUGCAACAUUACCAUGAAAAGCUAUUACAUGCCGGUAUGCAGCUUCUGCUGGCUGUAG